GCAGAGACACGGCGGGAGCUGCGGCGGGCGCGGGGCUAAUAAAAACAAAAAAUAAAGACAGGAAAAAAUGGAAAAAGCGCGUUGCUGGCGGUAACGGUGGGAGUAGAUCUGCCGUCCUCGGAGCUCCGGCGUUUCUCGGUCUCGGUACAGCCACUUAGAGAAGAUGACAGAUUUGGUGGCUGUUUGGGAAGUAGCUUUAAGUGAUGGUGUUCAUAAGAUUGAAUUUGAACAUGGGACCACUUCAGGAAAGCGUGUUGUCUAUGUUGAUGGAAAGGAAGAAAUAAGAAGAGAAUGGAUGUUUAAAUUAGUGGGUAAAGAAACAUUCACUGUUGGAGCUACUAAAACUAAAGCUGCUAUUAACAUUGAUGCAGUCAGUGGCUUUGCAUAUGAAUAUACUUUGGAGAUCAAUGGAAAGAGUCUCAAGCAGUAUAUAGAGAACAGGUUAAAAACAACCAAUACUUGGAUAUUGAACUUGGGAGGUACAGACUAUAGAAUUGUUCUAGAAAAGGACACUAUGGAUGUGUGGUGCAAUGGUCAAAAAAUGGAAACAGCGGGUGAAUUUGUGGAAGAUGGGACUGAAACACACUUCACUGUUGCUGACCACAGCUGUUGCAUUAAGGCUGUCAGUAGUGGGAAACGAAAGGAAGGAAUUAUUCAUACCCUUAUUGUGGACAACAGAGAAAUCCCAGAGGCUGUGGAAUAGCCUCUGGUUAGCUGAUUAUGGUAGGACUAAGAUCAGGAAUUUUCAAUUACUGUGGUAAUUAUUUUAAUAUGUACUACUUGGUACAUCUAGUUUGUGCUGGGUUUAUUUUCUAGUUUCUGUACACAAAAUUAUUCUUUCUGAGGACCAGAUGAAAAUAAUUAUGUACAACCUCUUACAUUACCAGUUUUUUAAAAAACUAUAUAUAUCUAGAAUAUAUAGCAUAUCACUACGUGUGGAGAACACUGGUGAAACAGAAAUUAUACAUCAGGAAAAAUCAUGGUAUAAUAAAAAUGAAAGAUAAAUAUUCAGUAACACUGAAUCAAUCCUUAACUGCAGGUGCCUGUACUGGGCACAGGAGUAAGAUGUUAAAAGCUUUCUCUAGAAUUAUUUUUUCUAUUAAACUGACUACAGACCUUUUCACAUACAGUUAAGGGAAAUUACAUAGUUAAUAAAAAGUUAAUAAUGAAAUACA